AUGCUCGCCCCCGUACCGGAUCUGGCGGACUAUGGCAUCUCGCCCGAUCAUGGCUUCCUUCCGAGCGAGUUGCCCCUCACAGCGUUACCAGACCCUUAUUACACCAGAUGGGAGGCAAUAGCGUCAAAUCUGCAGGGUCUGCUGUUGAGCAAGAGGAUCAGAGAGACUGUUGACCGCUUACCAACAUUGUCGACCUCGUACCUUCAGUCAGAGGGCGAGUGGCGGCGGGCUUAUGUAGUGCUGGUGUUUACCCUCCAUGCCUAUGUUUGGGGGGGUCAUAGACCGGAGGAGAGAAUCCCUCCCCAACUGACCAUCCCCCUAUUGGAAGUCUGCGACCACCUGGAACUCCCUCCGGUAGCCACCUAUGCCGGCGUGUACCUGAACAACCUGACGUCGGUUAACACCUUCACCGGAUCGCUGGAUGAACAAUGGUUCUACCUGGUUUCCGUGGCUAUCGAGUCUCGUGGAGGGCCAACACUGCCACUGAUGCUGCGGGCCAUCUCAGCCGCACGCAAGGGCCAGAGUGGCAUCGUGACCGAGUGUCUGCAUGAAAUGGCAGAGCGGUUGGAUGAUAUCGGUGCUUUGCUUGAACGGAUGUACGAGAACUGUGACCCCUACGUCUUCUAUAACCGGAUCCGUCCCUAUCUCGCGGGCAGCAAGAACAUGGCGGAGGCUGGCCUCCCUGAUGGUCUGCUGUACGAUGACGGCAAAGCUCCGAAGUAUGGUCAAUAUGGCGGAGGUAGCAACGCACAGAGCUCGCUGAUUCAAUUCUUCGACAUUGUCCUCGGGGUGGAACAUCGACCCACGGGGGAGAAGCCCCAGACCCCCGAGACCAAUAAAGAGGGGGUUGCCGGCAGACCGCGACACGGCUUCAUCCAAGAGAUGCGGUCCUACAUGCCCGGACCUCACCGUCGUUUCCUGGAGCACGUCAACGCUGUUGCCAACAUUCGUGAAUUCGUCGAGGCACGACGGUCAGACAAGGCAUUAUGCAUCGCUUACGAUGCUUGUCUGUACAUGCUGCGGACCAUGCGCGACAAGCACAUUCAGAUGGUCUCGCGAUACAUCAUCAUCCAAUCCAAGGGCGCACGGGAGCAAACCCAGCCAGCAGCACGAAGCAGUGCAAAGCCCCAAAACCUCGCCUCAACUCGCCCAGUCGAUAAAAAGAAGCUUCGAGGAACAGGUGGAACGGCUCUUAUUCCGUUCCUGAAGCAAGCGCGGGAUGAGACUGGUGAGCCGGCCAUUGACGCAUGGGCGCGACGCUUGCUGGGAGAUGCACCUGUGCCAUCUGGUUUCGCAGCAUUGAGCAAGAUCGGAGAGAAUUCGGAUGGACAUAUUGAGGUGGUAGGAUUAUCGGGGACGUGGGCAGCUGAUGAGAAAAAGAAUACAAUCACAAUGGCCGACAACAACUCUUCCACCCUCAAGUCCUACGUCGACUCUGCCACCGGCCUCGCCCAGCGCGCUGUUGGUACAGUUACCGGUAGCUCUACUACUCAGGUUGAAGGUCAAACCACCCAAGACCAGUCCAAGUCUGAACACGCCGCCAGCCACGACACCGCCAAACUCGGCCACGUAACCGCCGACCCCCAAACUGGCGCCACAGCCCAAGACAACCCCUCCCGCAACACAGGCUCCUGGGAUCAAACCGUCGGUUCUGCCAAGGAGUCCGUGGGCAACUUCAUCGGCAACGAGAACAUCCGCCGCCAAGGCGUCGAGCAGAAUGCUGCUGGUAAAGAGGCUGAGGCAAAAGGGCAGUUGAAGGAUCUUGGUGAGGGCGUGGGUGAUCGCGCGCAGGGGAAGUUGGGUGGUAUUGGGGCUGCUGUUGUGGGGGAUAGGGAGGAGGAGGAGAAGUGGAGGCAGAUUCAUGAUGAGGGAAAGGUUAGGCAGAGGGGGGCGGAGGAGGAUAUUGAUAAGAAGGGGGGUGCUUAG